UCUUCCCCGUCGAUCAUGUCUUUGAGAGGCACUCGUUAACGCUUUGAUCCCAACUUUAUUUCCCCUACCCGAGACUUACUUGCCCAACUUCACCAUGAAGCUCCUUCCCCUGUUCGCGGCCGGCAUGGCCAGCGCCCACACCAUCUUCACCUCUCUCGAGGUCGGCGGCUCUAACGCCGGCACCGGCCACGGCGUCCGGGUUCCCUCGUACAACGGCCCUAUUGAGGACGUCAACUCCAACUCCAUGGCUUGCAACGGCCCCCCGAACCCCACGACCCCCACCGACAGGAUCAUCACCGUGCAGGCCGGCCAGACCGUGUACGCCAUCUGGCGCUACAUGCUUUCCACCACCGGCACGUCCCCGGCCGACAUCAUGGACAGCAGCCACAAGGGUCCCACCAUGGCCUACUUGAAGAAGGUCAACAACGCCGCCACCGACUCGGGCGUCGGCGACGGUUGGUUCAAGAUCCAGCAGGACGGUCUCGGCUCCGACGGCAUCUGGGGCACCGAGCGGGUCAUCAACGGCCAGGGCCGCCAUGCCAUCCGUAUUCCCGAGUGCAUUGCGCCCGGUCAAUACCUCCUCCGUGCUGAAAUGCUUGCUCUGCACGGUGCCGGCAGCUAUCCCGGCGCCCAGUUCUACAUGGAAUGCGCCCAGAUCAACGUCGUUGGCGGUACUGGAACUAGGAACCCCUCGACCGUCAGCUUCCCUGGAGCCUACAGGGGCUCUGACCCCGGCGUCAGCAUCAGCAUCUACUGGCCGCCCGUCACCAACUACCAGAUCCCGGGCCCCCAGCUCUUCCAGUGCUAGACAGCCUAGACUAGUCACGACUUAUCACAAUACCUACACCCAAAGCUUGCGUAGUAUCUCACAGUCUACCCCGUUUUGGUGACCUGAGAGGGAGGGGUCCGGAUGAUGGGUAGUGUGUCGUGCAGAUGUAGAUCACCAGUGACGAGGAGCAUCUGCGGGGAGAUCUGAAGAUCAUCUCCUGAACGAUCGCCCGGUCAUCUGUUGUGUAUCUUGUGUAACGUUUAAGGACAUCUGCACAGUAACGGGGCUUUAUUCUUUUUCUUUUUUUUCUUCUUCCUAUAUAUUUUUCUUUUCUCUGACUCGUAACCCGAGUUUGGAAUUUUCAUAGAGAACACUGAUGAUAUACGAUAUGAGC